UCGGAUCGCGCGGGCGGCGUUCUAUACUGGCCGCGCGGCCGGCAUCAUAUCCGAACGAACGAACUGUCCCACUCGUGUGCCGUGUUUACGAAACACUAUCCUGUUACAACCCUAUUAAGAUUAAAAAAAUAUAUGAAUAGAACCAUUUAAAGAAUUCAAGCCUUUUUGGAUAAAAUUUGUGCUGUGCCGUCGGAGUUUGGAUUUUUUUUUUGAUCGAAAUACUCUUUUUUGGAACGAGCGCCAAUCGUGUUUGUAUGGACUGUUGACUGCAUCAGAAAUCAAAGAAAAUGGCUGAAAACGGGUACGGCCCAGCCGCUGGACACAUCGGCAGAAUUCCCAACUUCGGAAGAACUCAAGUCAACCCAAUGGGUAACGUCGAGCCACCAGCAUGUAUUCAAAACGCCAUGAUGACGAAAGACAAGAAACCCUUCACAUACACACCAGGCGGUCUUGAUUUGUCACAAAUACGAACUCCAAGCAUGGCGCGAAGAAUGGCAAGACAGAGGUCUUUAGAAGAGCAGGAACAGCAAUACGGUCAACAGCCAAUGAAUGGCGGUUAUCACCCACAAGGAGGGCCAGCUCCUCCACCACCCCCUCCCAUGAAAAUGCCAGUCCCUCCCCCUCCCCCACCACCAAUAGUCAUCCAAGCUCCGAACUCAAAAUCCCCGAAACCCAUUGCACCCGGUGAACGACCCGAAAUUGUUAUCCCAGAAAACCCUAUUGGAAUGUUACGAAAAACGAACAGCCCUUACCACUGGGAGGCUGAGAAGGCAGAGCUUCAGAAAAUAGGAAAUACGCCUAAGUAUGUAGAGAAGGUCCCCAGUCCCUUGACGGUGAAAAUGCCGCCUACGUCAUUCACUCAGCAACAACCUCAAACUUACACGCCACCCUCACAGAAUAAUAUCCAACGUUCCCCGUACGGCAAUCAGCGUAACCCUGAAAGCCCUAUUUACAAGCCCGAAGCUCAGUAUGCACACCAACAUUCUGCUUCCCCACAAGGGUCACCUCCAACGAGGGAAAUUUUGCAACGGCAGGACUCUCAAUUCAACAAGAGUCCUCAGCCAUUCGCGGGUAUGCCUUCCUCAAACAGCUCUCCGUACUCACCGAGUCCCAAUAACAACUGGAGACAACCGGAGAAACGGGACUCCCCCGCAAACAACAGCCCACAAUCUGCACAUUCGAACCGCGGACCAUUCUCACCCAACAUCCAGCAAUACUCUCCCAACAACCAGCAGUAUUCACCUAACAAUCAGUAUUCCCAGAAUCAACAACACCAAAGCCCACCAACCAACUCCGGUCCUGUCUUCCAUACCUUACCCAGAGUUGGACAGAGAAAUGCUGAUGCACAGAAUAAUAAUGUAAUGUACAACAACACUAAGCCCAGUCCUCCUACUGAGUCAAACGCUGCACCUUGGAGGUCAGCAACUCUAAACAGACAUCCUCGGGAGCAAGAGAAUCAGCAACCAAUUUAUAAUAAUACCAAUUCUAACCAAGAACAGUACGUUCCACCAUGGAAAGUUAACCAAAACAAUAAUACAGUAGCAAAUAACGAAAAUACUUACGUUCCUCCAUGGAAACAAGAAAAUAAACAACAACAACAGCAGCAAUAUGUUCCUCCGUGGGUAAAUUCACAGGACUCCAAUAACAACCGCGUGCAAGAAAAUCAAAACCAUUCUGCACCUUGGAGAACUCAUGAAGCUCCUUCGUCACCACCCAAGCCGCAACAACAGGAGCAACCACGUUACCAAUCGACGAUGUCCAUUCCUGUGACACCCAGGAAACAAAACCAGCAACCUGAAUACAAUAACGCUCCACAAAAAGAAGUUGUGUAUGUGAAUGAGGAGCCCGUAUACUUCUGUCCCGACAGUCCAAAAUCUAUUCCACCAUGGGUGAAAACCCAGAAGGAAAAGACUAAGACUCCACCACCCACCUGGGUUCAGAGACCGUUAGAAGGCAGGAAAAGCCUUACACGAGAGCUGAACACACCACCUCGUGAAACGAACCAAGAACCUGAAUGGGUGAGGAAGAGUAACGAAAUGCAAAGAGGGGCACGCGAAGUCAUCAGCCCUCCCAAAUACCAACAGCCUGUACAGCCCUCAUGGUCGACGCGUCCUUCAGAAAACCGUAAGAGCUUACCUAGAGACAAUGGUCCAGGAUCACCAGGAGCAAGGGUCAUUCCUAUCCAAAUGGAAGUUUCUACAACAGAGACUAGAGAUUCGAGACAAGGAGGUCACCCACAGCCUGGCCUGAGGAUUACAAUUGGUAUGAAUCAGAAUCCUGAAGCUCGUGCACCAUUCUCGCCACCAACUCAACGAAUCAUGAGAGUGUUGUCACCUCAACUGGUGAGGUUAGAAGACUCAAACCAGCAACCUGAUCUGCCGACCUUGAAUAGGACUUUUCAAGACAGUCAGCCAAAGACGAGGAUAAUCCCGAUUCAGAUUGAGGGUGGAAAUGGAGGGGCAAACAAAAGCUUCGGUGGGCGGUAUUAAGGGAGCGACGGUUCAAAUGUAUACUACCACAAAUUCACGCAAGAGGGCCCCCCAAGACAAUCGAAGGCGUUCCGCGUUCUACAGAUUAUAACAGGCACCGAGGAUCUGGACAACAUACAAGUGAUCGAAAAACAUCACGGAUUCACCGAUUUAUAAUCAUAAUUAUAUGUAAAUAUAUAUAUUAUUAAUUAAUUUAUAAUAUAUUUGUUGUAAGUCUAAAUAUAAAAAAUAAUAAGGCAAUCCACGCGAGUAUAGUUAGUUUACAAUUUUAUGUAACACAAAAUGUAUAGUGUUGUAAACAUUGUAUACAUGUAAUGGUUAUUUGAUAACUUUCUACAUAUUUGAUAAAUCUAAAUUAAUUUGUGAUACACUUACUAAAAUACUAUUUGAGUAUGAAUAAGGUUUCCUAAUUUAUAUAACCAAAAGCUAACUUUCCUGUAAUCGUUACGUUUUAGAAUAAAUUGUAUAAUAAAAUUAGCGUUCGGAUUUAUUAAUGGUUUAUUUUUAAACAUAAAAGCGCGAUGUACUCUGAAUAUUUUUGAAAAUAAUUUAGAAGUACAGAAUCAUAAAUAGUUAUAUAUUAUAUAAUAAUUAAUAUAAACGAAAAAUAUACUUUGUGUAUAUAAAUCGAAUAAUAAUGGCGAACCGAAAUAAUAAUAAUAUUGCUUUUAUUUCGGAAUUUUACUAAUGCUCACGGACACAGCUAGCUUACCAAAGAAUUUUUAGAUGUAAUUAAUAAAUUAUUCUUAGAAAUAGCGGAAUAAUGUUUAAUUAUAGUGUUGGCAUAAUAUAAUAAAAUAGGCAUAAGUAGGUAUUCUAAUAUGUACUUAUUAAUAAGUAAUAAUUAUUUUAAAAGUUACCAACCUUUAUUUAUAUUUUCACUUACAUUUAUUAAAUUAUGAAUGCAUGUUUCUCGUGACUAAUUUCCUUUUACAUAUUUAUUAUUUAUACGUAUAUUUUGCUUUUAUUUAUAUAUAUUCGAUAUUUAUUACAUAUUUACCUUGCAAAUUAAUUCGUAGUCCCUACUAACUCCUAUAUAAUUUAUAUAUUUAUUUUAAUGAUGAUUAUAUAUAUUGUUUUGGAACGGAUUAACGAAGUUAUGAGUACUAACUUACUUAAAAAAUGAUAAUUCGUAUUUUCAUAACGAUGUUGGCAUUUCCGAAGUUUCCGAAAAAAUAAUUUUUUUUUUGUAUUGUGAUUAACUAAAAUCAUUGUUAAGAACUUUAGUGAUGUUACUGGUUGUAUAACGAUUUUUCUUCGUACGUAUUAUCUUCAUGUCGGUAUAUACGUAUCUCUGAUACAUAUGCAAAAAUAAAUCAUACUUCAAGAGAAAAAUAUAAUUUCUAAAAUUGUGUUCAUAUAUUUACGAAUACAUGACGAGGUAAAAAAAUAAUUACAAAAAGGUAACAAUAAAGUAUAAUCAAGUGUAAUUGUUAUAAUGAUCGGUAAUAAUCACUAUUAAGUUCUAAACAAAAUAUUGAAAACAGACGAGGGGUGUGGCAAUCUAGUCAGUGUGAUCUUUCUUAAGUAUAUUACGUAUACUAUUGUACGCCUAGGUAUUAUAAAAUAUAUUUUAUAUUAAAAUUA